GAGGUGCGCCGGCCGAGAACCAGAGCGCAGGCGGGCUCAGUCCUGGCGCCGGGCCGGCCCCGCCCCCGGGGCGCCUGGCGCCCGCCCCUUGCUCAAGCCCCGCCUUUCCCCACGUGUCUGCCGCCUAGGGGAGGUGCCUCAGCCGGAGCGGGCCGCCAACGGUCCGGCCCCGUCCGCACAGAGGCUCCUGUCGGCGGCGCCCGGGAGCGGCUCGGCUGCCCGAUGCUUCCGCCCCGGCUGCCGCGGGCCGGGCUGGACGCUUAGUGCCCGGCUCAGGCCCCCUGAAGCGCCCGCGGGGGUGAGCGCGGCCUCCGGCCCCGCGGAGACGGAGCGGCUUGAGGACGAGGCGGCGGCCGCGGGGAGGAGGAUGGGGGCUAACCAGUUAGUGGUGCUCAACGUGUACGACAUGGCAACCUCGUUAAAAUAUGAAUGAGGCUAACAUUUCUCAAGAAAAUAGCCCAGCUGAAUUAUUUAGAGAUCCCGGUGGUGCUCGUUUCCUACACUCUGAAGACCACUUUCCAGUAUUGGAUGAACGAAUAUACCUCAUCCAUUGGAAUUGGAGUUUUUCAUUCAGGAAUUGAAGUCUAUGGCAGAGAAUUUGCUUAUGGUGGCCAUCCUUACCCCUUUUCUGGAAUAUUUGAAAUUUCCCCAGGAAAUGCUUCUGAACUAGGAGAAACAUUUAAAUUUAAAGAAGCUGUUGUUUUAGGGAGCACGGACUUCCUAGAAGAUGAUAUAGAAAAAAUUGUAGAAGAACUGGGAAAAGAAUACAAAGGCAAUGCUUAUCAUUUAAUGCAUAAAAACUGCAAUCAUUUUUCUUCAGCUUUAUCAGAGAUUCUUUGUGGGAAAGAGAUUCCUCGCUGGAUCAAUCGACUUGCCUACUUCAGCUCCUGUAUACCCUUUCUACAGAGUUGCCUCCCGAAGGAGUGGCUCACGCCCGCAGCCCUGCAGUCUAGUGUCAGCCAAGAACUCCAGGAUGAACUGGAGGAAGCAGAGGAUGCUGCCGCAUCCGCUUCCGUGGCAAGCACUGCAGCAGGCUCCAGACCCGGGCGCCACACUAAACUAUAAAUGUCUCCAAAGUCACACAUUCAGAACUGUCUCUGGCAGUCGAAUAUCACUAGAGAAAAGUAAACAGAGAAGCAUCCUUUAGAUAUUUUGUAUGCAAAGAUGGCUCUCCCCCAAAUCCCAGUUUUUCAGCUCAGGAUUAUAUUUGUAAUCAAAAAAAAAAAAAAAAAAAAAUCACUUGGCACAGGAGGGAGAACUUUGUAAGAAGCUGCCCUCUGUUUUUUUUAUCCACUCGUAAAUCUGGAUUUAUUUCUUCUGUUUUAUACAAGCUCUGUUAAGUUAUGUUUACAGUAUCUUGUAUCGCUGUUUACAAAUCUUGCAUGGACUCCUGCCACAGUGAAAGAAGAAAAUCUUCAUGUCUUCAAAAAUUAGGCAGGUAAUCUUUGUAUACUUCUGACAAUUGCCAGAUCUAUGGCAUAAAUAGGCACACAAAAAGGUACUUAAACAGUUAUAGUCACCAUCACCUGCUUAAGAAUGGUCUUUUAGAUUUGUGUUUGUUUUGUUAAAGUUGUUGGCACCAGGAUGCAGAGAAUCAGACUGGCCUGAGGUGAAGGAGCACACAGCCCUGAGGGCUUGGAACCCUGGGUCCAGUUCCUCUUCACACCCCCUUCCACUCUGAGUAGCACAUCUCCCCAGGUGCCCAUGGAACACCUGCUUUCAUCCCAAAUAUCCGUCCACCUAGGCGGGGUGGUAUGUUCUUACGUCUGUCUGACUUUGAUGCCACUCAUUCUAUAGUGUAGCUGGUUUUCGUUCGAGAUAUUCUUGGUAGUAACUGACAAGUAUGUUGCACAUGUAUUGGGGGAGGCGCUUCAUUUUUAUUUUAAUACACAUGUAUUUCCUCCUUGCACAGGAUUUUGAUGGUGUGGGAAUAUCCUAAGUGGUAGCCUUCCAAGUAGCAGUGAGUUGACAUUCAGCUGCUUUUAACUAUUCAGGCUACCUUUUAUACUAAACCUUGAAAACUAGAAUCUAAUGUCUACCCCCAAAAAGUAGUUCUUUGAUAUUUUAUACUUUUUAUGUACCAUGUCAGAAAGAGUAUGUUGGCGUUUGUCAUGGGAGUCAUUUCACAUAAUAGAAUGCCUAGUCUCAUUGACCAAUCGUUAAAAAAUCAUAUUUGUGUGUCUUAAGAUUCAUAUUUAUAUGUUCUCUCAAAUGUAUGUCUCUUACGUAACAUACUCUAAGAAUGAAACUGUCACCACAGGUAAAUCCUUGUUAGCAAGGAAUCUGUCUGCUCCAGUCUACUCCUAGUUUGACCCUUGGAUGUAAGAACCAAGUCAUUACAUGUCAAAUUCAAUUUUUCUGCCUUAAGAAUGAAUGUCCUUCGUAAAAUAUUGGAUGCAGUGUAACACUAUCCAAGGCAGUGACUUCAGCUUUAUAUACAUAUAAAAUAUAGUUAGUUUUAAAAUUAUUGACAUUUAUUUAAACUUUUAGAUUGGAUUGUUUGCUAUUGCUCUGUGUGAGGAUACAUAAUCUUUCAGUAAACUAUAUUUUUAACUUUUCCAUAAGCUGAUUUUGGUUCAUUUUAUCAACGUAAGCACACCCUGUUCAUAGGGAAAAUAAACCUUGGGUUAUAAGCAUUAGCCUGAGGACAAUGAAGCCACUUAACCUAAUUUAUGCUUUCGACUGUUCUGUUUCCAGAGAGGAAAGCCUUUACAAAUUACUCUCAGUUCUUUAGGGGCAGAAGGCUUGUUUCAAGAGGUUUGACAGAAGAAAGGAAUAUAUGAACUUAAUGAGAUGUCGACUUGGUUCAGGUCUAAAAAUGAGGGCAAAACACUAAGGCUCUAGCAGUGACUUGUUCACUAAAAAGAGAGAGUCCUGUCCCCAAACGGUUAGUACAAAGCCUUGGAUACAGUUUGCUUGUAAUAUUUUUAAUAAUGUGAGGAGUACAGUUUUUUUCUAAUUCAUUCAAGUAUAUAUGAUUUAAACCUGGGCUACUGACACACACACAGUAGCCAUUAGUUAGACACUUCUUGGUGAAUAUCAGGAACAUCCCAUCUGCUUAACCAGAAUCCAGCAAGUCAGCACACAAGUGAUUUUAUUGUUAUUUUGUUGUAUUUACUUGCAUUUGUUGUAUUUACUUUCAUCUGCAGCAUUUGGAGUUUAAAAAUAAUGUAAAGGGUUCUAGUAGAAAUAGUGUCCUAAGGCCAAUUACCAUACUAACAAUCAGCAGAUAAAAUUCUGGACGUGAGAUUCCUUAUAAUCUAAUUAUACCUGAGGUUGAGCAAGAAAUGUCUUCCUUUAGAAAAUCUCAUUCAAGUCAGGUUCUUCUCUACAGUUCAAAAUUGAGAAUGGAUUUAAUUAACUAGCAUUUAGCCAGCUUUUUCUUGCCCUUGGAGAAAAAGAAUCAUUCUCAACCUGAUAAUCUGUUAAGAAAAAUCCCAUAUGAACAAUCUGGUCAUUAACAUACAUAUGAUACGGAGUCUCUUUGUUGUCACCAAGUGAACAUACUUCUCAUGGUGGGUUGGACAGUAAUACAUGUUAGAGGGUCAGAAGCUUCUGGUUUCUGCUGUUUGCUUUAAAUACCCUUGGGGUUUUUUUUUAAACCCUUACAAGGGGAGCAUCAGCUUUGGAAAGUGUGACUCUGUAGGAGUGUAGAAGGCAGUGGUGUAUGAUCUUAGCCUCGUCCUGAUGCCUGAAUCCAGCCAGCUGUUGCUCUGACCCACAGCAAUAGAGCAAGUUACCCAUCACCAGCAUUUGUACAGAGCAGGGAAUUCUGGUUUUAGUCCAUUGGUAGCAUUGUGUGUAUGAGGAGAUUCAACACCACAGACAGCUGCAGGACUCGAUAUCCAUGGCUUCUUUCCAUCACAAAACGGGUAGAAACACAUUCACUGCUUCAGGGUUCUAAUCUGUGUGUCUCCUUAUGACUCCAUUUCUGUAAGCUACUCUGUAACUUUGAUAUAUGCUGUAUUUUCUUUAAAAGAUUUAGAUGUUUUUUCAGCAAGCUAGCCAUACAACCAUUGUAUCUCUUUCUCUUCAGUAUGAUUUAGAGCCCAGAUCAGUUAGUAGGCUUUCGUUGUCUUCUCUUUCAAUACAUGUACAUCUUUACUGUUUGAAAAGUGUUACAGCUGUCAAAGAAUCUUCAUGGACCUGAAGAUAAUUUCUUGUGAAGUUGAAUGCAAGUGUACUGUCAUUCAUAGUGUUUAUAUCAAAAUACCAGGAAUCUUCACUUUUGCUACCUUGAUAUAGCAUUGGGCUAUCAUGUUACAACAUUGAAAUACAUUGAUUUAUUAAAAAAUACUUUUAUAAGAAA